AUGACAGCGAAAACAACGGUCGCCCACCAGACACACCGGUACCGAGGCAGGCCACUGGAACUCGUCGAGGACACGGACUCACUAUUAGACGCGAUUACCGAUGUCUACCAGCAAUAUAUCAACAUCAUGGAUGCAAGACUCUCCGGCUACGGUUCCUGGUCCAUUGCCAACCCCAUGGGGUCGAACCAAACGGCUGGCUAUACGCACGUUGCUACGUCUCAGGAGGACUUCGAUCCACUUUUCCAGAGAUUACAGAAAUAUAAUGGCUCUUCACUUCAUAUAUCAGUCAACUGGUAUAAUUUCCCAACGUAUGGAGCAUACUUCCAGGCCCUGUCUGGUGUAUCCCAGGCAGUACGAAUUGGGUCCCCGAACUCAGCCAUGACAUCACGAGUGUUUGGCAAAGAUGCUUUAACGAGUCUUGCCGCCCUUUGA